GAACGUCACGCCCCCCUCUCGCGGCUCCUCCACACCGUUAAUGCGCAGGCGCGGGCGGGAGCGCGCACCAAGGAGCCGAGGGAGGGGUCACGAACUCUGACCCCCCCCCGAAAUACACAAACUCAAAGCUCCCUCCUCCCGCUCCCUGGGUCCUCUUACUCCCCACCUUUCUCCAACCUGUCUCCUCCCGGAACUCCCCAGCAUCCGCCGCAGCGGGGCUGUCGGGUCUACGCCCGGAGCAGGACCGAGCGCGGCGGAGAACCGCGGGGGGAGAGUGUCGCCGCUGCCUUUGGACCUGUGUCUUUUGCAUGUCCGAGCACCCAGUAGCUUUUGUUAAUAAACCCUGUCUUCAGCUCGCACAGAUAUCGUUCCAUGAAUUACAAAUGUUGCUGAAUUGCCCUGUAACCUGCAGUAAGUAGGUGGCGUCUCUUGGGAAUGAUAGGAGAGAAGAUGAGGAAAUCAAAUUAUAAAGGAGUUCGCCAUAGUUUUCUCAGGGCCAGGCAUGUAGUGGUUGCUUAAUAAAUACUGAAAGAAUACCAAGGCAAGGAGUUAGGACUUAUUCUUUGGCCAUUAAAAAGACACCGAUGGUUCCAAAGCAGGAAAAUAAGGAUGUAAUUCAGUUCCGCAAACAUGCUGAGAACCUACUUGCCAAAGCACUCUACCAGAUUUUCACGGACACUCCUCCAGUGUGGUUGCUCUUCUGAACUCCCCCUGUUUGUUGAUUGAGCAUUUCAUUCAUUCAGGGCAUUUUGGCAUCUAGAUCAUGGCAACCAUAGAAGAAAUUGCACAUCAAAUUAUUGAACAACAGAUGGGAGAGAUUGUUACAGAGCAGCAAACCGGCCAGAAAAUCCAGAUAGUGACAGGACUUGAUCAUAAUCCGCAAGGCAAACAGUUCAUUCCAAGCAAAGUCAUACUGGCCAGACAAGAUUCCACUCCAGGAAAAGUUUUUCUCACAGCUCCAGAUGCAACAGGGGUCAACCAGUUAUUUUUUACUACUCCUGAUCUGUCUGCACAACACCUCCAGCUCUUAACAGAUAAUUCUUCCCCAGACCAGGGGCCCAAUAAGGUUUUUGAUCUUUGCGUAGUAUGUGGAGACAAAGCCUCAGGACGUCAUUAUGGAGCAGUAACGUGUGAAGGUUGCAAAGGAUUCUUUAAAAGAAGCAUCCGAAAAAAUUUAGUUUAUUCAUGUAGAGGAUCAAAGGACUGUAUUAUCAAUAAACACCAUCGAAACCGCUGUCAGUACUGCAGGUUACAGAGAUGCAUUGCGUUUGGAAUGAAACAAGACUCUGUUCAGUGUGAAAGAAAACCCAUUGAAGUAUCAAGAGAAAAAUCUUCCAACUGUGCUGCUUCAACAGAAAAAAUCUAUAUCCGAAAAGAUCUUCGAAGCCCAUUAGCUGCAACUCCAACUUUUGUAACAGAUAGUGAAACUUCAAGGUCAGCAGGACUGUUAGAUUCAGGAAUGUUUGUGAACGUUCAUCAGUCUGGAAUGAAAACGGAGUCAGCUAUGCUGAUGACACCAGAUAAGGCUGAAUCAUGUCAGGGAGAUUUGAGUACGUUGGCCAGUGUGGUUACAUCAUUAGCGAACCUUGGAAAAACUAAAGACCUUUCUCAGAACAGUAAUGAAGUGCCUAUGAUAGAAAGCUUAAACAACGGUGAUGCCUCCCUGUGUGAGUUUCAUCAAGAAAUACAAACAAAUGGUGAUGUUUCAAGGGCAUUUGACACUCUUGCAAAAGCGUUGACUCCUGGAGAGAGCACAGCCUGUCAGAGCUCAGAGAGCAUGGAAGGAAGCGUACACCUGAUUGCUGGAGAUGCAAGCAUAAAUUACAUCGAAAAGGAGGGGCCACUGCUCAGUGAUUCACAUGUAGCUUUCCGGCUCACCAUGCCUUCUCCUAUGCCUGAGUACCUGAAUGUGCACUACAUUGGGGAGUCUGCCUCCAGGCUGCUGUUCUUAUCAAUGCACUGGGCACUUUCGAUUCCUUCCUUCCAAGCUCUAGGGCAAGAAAACAGCAUAUCAUUGGUGAAAGCUUACUGGAAUGAACUUUUUACUCUUGGUCUUGCCCAGUGCUGGCAAGUGAUGAAUGUGGCAACUAUAUUAGCAACAUUUGUCAAUUGUCUUCACAGUAGUCUCCAACAAGAUAAAAUGUCAACAGAAAGAAGAAAACUAUUAAUGGAUCACAUCUUCAAACUACAGGAGUUUUGUAACAGCAUGGUUAAACUCUGCAUUGAUGGGUAUGAAUAUGCCUACCUGAAGGCAAUAGUACUCUUCAGUCCAGAUCAUCCAGGCCUAGAAAACAUGGAACAGAUUGAAAAAUUUCAGGAAAAGGCUUAUGUGGAAUUCCAAGAUUACAUAACCAAAACAUACCCAGAUGACACCUACAGGCUGUCCAGACUACUACUCAGAUUGCCAGCUUUGAGAUUGAUGAAUGCUACAAUCACUGAAGAAUUGUUUUUCAAAGGUCUCAUUGGCAAUGUACGAAUCGACAGUGUCAUCCCUCAUAUUUUAAAAAUGGAGCCUGCCGAUUAUAACUCUCAAAUAAUUGGUCACGGCAUUUGAAAGCCGGAAUCUCAGUGCUGUGAACCUGUUCUGUGCCAGAACACAAGAAGACACCAAAUUGAACUCAUUGCUUCCAGAGUAUCUGGAAAUUUUGACUUUAAAGAGUAACCAAAAUCCAAGAUGUUGUUAUUUUAACGUCCUUAAGAAGAAUUUUUAAAGUGAUUGGGCCAGGUAGUAGGAAUUAGAAUUUCCCUUCCUGUCAUAUAAGGAGGAAUGCUAUGAAUCUGUUCUUGGUGAAGAUGACACCUAAAGCUGUCACCUCUUGACUAUCUAAACUAAGAUCUCAUUCUAUUUUAUUUUAUAAAACAAAUAAAUUAGUCCUAUUUUUCAGAAUUGUGUUCUAUUCAUAUUUAACUUCAUUAUAAACCAGUACAAUCACAUAAUGGUCAGAAAUCCUUAAGGAGGAUUUUCUGGAUUUUAUUCUUCCAUAAUAUAAUUCUGUUUUGUUUUAAUUACCAUGUCAAAAGAAGAUUAUUUUAUGCUCAAUGGUAUAAUGAUAACAGAACUAUAGGAGACAAUUGAAUAUAUAUUUUUUGCCUUUUGUAAAUAUCAUGGUGUCCUUUAGUAUAUACUACUCUCAUUGCUGGCAGUGAGACAUAGACCAUAUGUGCUCUUAAGAAUUGACAUUUUUAGUGUAUGUUCUUAGUUACAAGCACUUUUUAUUUAUGCAGCAGAAAAUUGUUUUUGAUGAUAAUAUGGGGUUCAUGUUUUAAUAUGUUUGGUUUACUGCUGUUAAAAGUAGUAGAGACUGAGCCCUGAAUGUUCCAGUAUUUUGAAAUAGAUAAUUAAAAUUGUUGUUCUUCCAUUCCAUAAAAAGUAUUCUGACCUCUCUUCUUCUCUUCUGACUUUAUUAUAGCUUCCUGACCCUGCCAUGGGAUUUAGCCAGUUACUUUUAGGUCAUUAGAAAAAUUCACCCAAUUUUUUAAAUAAUUGAUUUAUCAUAGCUUUUAAUCCAUGUUUUCAUGGUGAGUUAGAUAAUUAUUUUAAAUCAAAUUGAUAAUUUAAAAAAUAUAACAAUUUCUAUAAUAUACAAAGGAAUAUACACCGAUUUUUCACUAUAAAAAGUGGAGAAGUAGAUACUUUAACUACAGUAUAAAGAUCGCCUUCUUAUUGCCACAACAAAAGCAUUUUAGACUCUCCUUUGAUGUCUUCCAUGUUGAUGUUUUCCUUAGCAAGCCUGGUACUGUUAAAUGUUUUUUUGCUCUGGCUUCUUAAUUAUUCUGGUAUUACUGUUGAUUUUUUUUUUUAAACAAAUAUGGAGAUUUUAUUAUACUUAAAGUACAUUUUUUAUAAAAAUUUUUACAAUAGAAGAGAAGCUGGAUUUUUGGGAGAGUGUGGUCUUUAUUAAUUGCUACUUUAUAGUAAAUCAAAUGUUUAAAAGUUUAAAGGUUUAUCAACUUACAUUCUUUACCAACUUAUUAAAGGAGACUUUUUUCCCUAUUAAAAAUAAGAAUUUUGUAAAAUAUGCAAAUGAAAAAUCAAUAGGUUUAUACCUCUAUAAACCUAAUGUAAUAAGCCAAAGACUGAGGAAAAUAGUUCUUUAAAACAAUAUACUAAUGAUUAAGAUACAUGUUUCUUUCAGGUAUUUUCUUUCAGGUAUUUUUCCCGAUUAAGUUUGUAGUUAUAUUUGGAAGCAUUUUUAAAAAACUAUAUUAAAAUGUGACUUGCAUUACAAAUCUGUAUCCUCCUAGUAUAUAUGAUUUAAGUGUUGUAUUCAAUUUUGAUUAUCCAUUUUUUUGUUCCAUUGUGUUUUCAUCCUAAAGUAUAUGCCUACUAUGUUAAGAAAGCUUUAGUAAGUAUUAUUACUGAUAUAAAGUAAUAGGUUCCUUUUAAAUUCAAGUGCUUAAAAUUUCAUCUUUCUUGAUUUAGAAUGGAUGGAGUAAGCUUUCAUUUUAUCCUAUAAAGUACUUUCUUGCAUUCUACUAUCGAACCCGUUUCACCACCUUCUACAACAGUUAUGUCUAGAUGCUGACCCAAGAGAUGUGUUGGCAGAUUUCUACAGGAUUUACCUCUUGUGUGUGUGUGUGUGUGUGUGUGCGCGUGCACGCAUGCUCUUGGAUGAGAUGAUUUUACUUAAAAUACUUCCAGCAAGAGAAAAACGUGGUAAACGUUUCCAUGUUACAUAUUUUAGUUUGAAGACUUCAGCUAAAUAUUACAUAUUGACCAUUAUAUAAUUUUUUCCAUCCUGAAAUCAAAGUAAAAUGACAGUAAAGUAUAACAACACAAAGACAAAAAAGAGAGAUAGAGGGAAGAAACCAAAGAAUAAGAGAGUUCAAUAAUUUUGGGAGGGGCAAAAAAACAGAUGGAGAAAGACUAACUUAGCAGAGCCAGAACCAAGGAACUAGAUUGAGUGCCCAUAAAAGGCAAUGAGAAAGAAACCAGUGUAUUUUAUAGUAACAUUAGAUGUUAAAAUUGUCACAUGCAUAAUGUAACUGUGUCUAUGAUACGUUUAAAGAAAGAAAAAGUGGAAUCAAAAGUUGAGCAAGAAACAGGAGCAGCAAAAAUGACCAAAUACAUUUGAAAAAUACCCAAAAGGCAUCUAGAAAUUUAAAAAAAAACUAGUUGAAAUUAAAAAAUCAACGCAUAAUGAAAGAUUAUGCCUUGAAUACCACAUUUAACUCUGCCUCCUGAAACAGCAUUAAAACACAGCCAAAGGACUUUUUUUGUAAGGCAUUAUCUCACAAAGACAAAAAUUACGAGAAAUAAAUGAUAGCCACAAAAUUUUGAAAGCUGAAAAGCAUGAAGGUUUGUGGUAGUUAUCCUAGCAGACCUGAGAAGGCUAGCUUCUAAUGCUACAGUGGGAAAAGCCGAGAAGCAACCUGAUCUGCAUUGCAGCACCUCCAAAACGUUCUGGUAUUUCAGCAUCUCCUCUGGAAAGGAAGAUGACAAGAUUUGUUGAAAGUCUGUUUAGGAAUCAGAUACACCCACUAGAAUGAUAAAAUUUUAAAGUCUGACAAAAUACCAAGUUGUAAGAAGUAUAUGGAACAACAGGAUGCAUGUUGAGGUGGGAGUAUCCAUUGGUAAAACCACCAUAUGGAAAGUAAUUUUGUAUUAGUAAAGCUGGGAAACCCUGGUUGUGUAGUAGUUAAGAGCUACAGCUACUAACCAAAAGAUUGGCAGUUUGAAUCCACCAGGCACUCCUUGGAAGCUCUAUGGGACAGUUCUACUCUGUCCUACAGGGUCACUAUGAGUUGAAAUUUACUUGACGGCAACAGGUUUUUUGGUUUUUAGUAAAGUUGAACGUGCACAUACUCCUGAUUAUUUAUCCUAGAGAAAUUCUUAGAUGUGUACCAGGAAACAUACAAAAAUGUCCGUGUAAGCAUUGUAAUAGUGAAAAAAAAUUAGAAACAGUCAAAAUAUCCAUUGACAAGAAAAUGGAUAAGUAAAUUGUGGUGUGAUGAUCCAAUGGAAUAGUAUGCAGCAGCUGAAAGUAACAAAACAUCAACAUGAUUGAAUCUCAAAAAUGUUGCAUAAAAAAACAAGACCAGAAAUAUAUAAAUAGUAUGAUUUAAUCCCCAGUAUAUAAUUUUCCAAGAAUAGCCAACCAGUAAAAAUAACGAAACACACAAGGAAACAAGGCACCAUGAGCAAGAACUGAUAGACGCAACAGAUGGCAGAACACAGUCCUGUAAAACUAGAUACUGAAAUCACACUGAUUAUAAAACACUUAAGUUUACCAUGUUUAAAGAACUAAAAGACGGGAUUAAAAAUAGUUGCAGAGAACAGGAAAUUAUAAGAAGUGAAUAAAUUUGAAAAUAUAACCAAAAAGAACUUCCAGAAAUGGAAAAUAAAAUUGAAAUGUACAACUUGAUGGAUUUAACAGCAAAUUAGAUACAGCUUAAGAGCGUAUUUGUGUGCUGAAGAGUAGGCUGGAAGAAAUUACUCAGAAUGCAGUACACAGGGAAAAGGAGAUGAAAAAUAUAUGAAGCCAUGGUUAAGAUACAGUCGCUACAGUGAGAAGAUUUAAAUGGAGUGUAGAAGUGGGAAAGAAAGAACGAGUGUCAGAGAAAACAAUUGAAGAGCAAUGGCUGACAAUUGUUGAACCAGUGAAAGAUAGCGAUUCAUCAGUUCAAUUACAGGGUAAAUUUUUUAAAAGCUAGACGUGUGCUAGUGAAAAUAGAGAACAGCAACGAUCAAAGGGGGGGGAACAAAGAGGGUAAUUGACAUAUUACAUUUAAACGAGUGAUAAAUUGUCAGCUGACUUCUCAAAAGCAACAAUAGAAGCCAGAACCAAGAGGAAUGUUACAGCCAGUGAAAAUAUUUUUCAAGAAAGAUAACCUGAGCAAUUGCUCCAAGAAAAUAUUUAAAAUAAUUCUAAAGGAGGAACGUAGAGCAGAAGGAGAAUAAUCCCGGCUGUUGUUCUUAGGUGCCAUCGAGUCAGUUCCGACUCAUAGCGACACUAUGUGCAACAGAACGAAACACUGCCGAGUCCUGCGCCAUCCUCAACAAUCAUUGUUAUGCUUGAGCCCAUUGUUGCAGCCACUGUGUCAAUCCAUCUUGUUGGUCUUCCUCAGUGAAGAAAAUAAUAAUUAGGAAAAAUGAUAAAUAUUUGGGUAAAUCUAAAUGAACAUUGAAUUUCAUUCUACUUGGAUCAACCAGUGCUCAUGGAUGCAGCAGUUAAGAAAUCAAUGCAUUGGGAAAAUCUGCAAAGACUUUUUAAAGUGUUAAAAAGCACCGAUGUCACUUUGAUGACUAAGGUGCGCCUGACCCAAGCCGUGGUAUUUUCACUUGCCUCAUAUGCAUGUGAAAGUUGGAUAAUGAAGAAGGAAGACCAAAGAAGAAUUAAUCCAUUCGAACUGUGGCAUUGCCAAAGAAUAUUGAAUAUACUAUGGACUGCCAGAAGAACUUUUAACAGAUCGGUCUUGGAGGAAAUACAGCCAGAAUGCUCCUUAGAAGCAAAGAUGGUGAGACUUUGUCUUGCUUACUUUGGACACAUCAUCAGGAGGAACCAGUCACUGGAGAAGGAUAUCAUGUUCGGUUAAGUAGAGUGUCAGCAAGAAAGAGAGAUCCUCAGUGAGAUGGAUUGACAGUGUUUUGCAACAAUGGAUGCCAACCAUAGCAACAAUUGUAAGGAUGGUGCAGGACCAAGCAGUGUUUCGUUCUGUUGUACAUUGGGUUGUUAUGAGUCAGAGCCUACUUGAUGACACCUAAAAACAAUAUAUAUUAUGUCUUUGAUCUCUGCAACGUUAAUUUUUCUCUUCCAUUUCUUGAUCACCCAAUCAAAUUUUUAUCCUCUACUCUAAUUAUGGAAUAUCUUAUAUACUUCGGACAUGUUGUCAGGAGAGAUCAGUCCCUGGAGAAGGACAUCAUGCUUGGUAAAGUACAGGGUCAAUGAAAAAGAGGAAGACCCUCAAUGAGAUGGAUUUACACAGUGGCCGCAACA